AUGGCGUCCUCGAACAAUCCUCGCAAAUUUAGCGAAAAAAUCGCUUUGCAUAACCAGAAACAGGCGGAGGAGACGGCCGCGUUUGAAGAAGUGAUGAAAGACUUGAACAUCACCAGAGCUGCACGGUUGCAGUUACAGAAGACCCAGUAUUUGCAACUAGGGCAGAAUCGUGGACAGUACUAUGGAGGCUCACUGCCCAAUGUCAAUCAGAUUGGAAAUGGCAACAUUGACCUGCCUUUUCAGAACUCUGUGCUGGAUACGAGUCGGACAACCAGGCAUCACGGGUUGGUGGAGCGUGUUUACCGUGACCGAAACCGCAUCACGUCUCCACACCGUCGGCCGCUGUCGGUCGACAAACAUGGACGUCAGAUUGACAGCUGUCCUUACAGCUCAGUUUACCUCUCCCCACCGCCAGACACUAGCUGGAGAAGGACAAAUUCAGACUCCGCCUUACAUCAGAGCGCCAUGAAUCCUAAACCCCAAGACAUGUUCGCAGGGGGAUCACAGGAGCUGCAGCCUAAACGAGUACUGCUGCUAACAGUGCCUGGGACGGAGAAUUCAGAGUCAAACGCAGACAAGGACGCGCAGGAACAGUUGUGGGAUGACGAGAAGGAUGAUUCAUCAAAGCCCAACACAUGUGAUGUCCCGGGAAUCAAUAUAUACCCAUCACCAGACCAGGAAUUGAACCCAUCCGUGCUCCCAGCUGCGCACAACACCGGCGGUUCGCUGCCCGAUCUAACCAACAUCCAGUUCCCUCCUCCGCUGUCCACCCCGCUGGAUCCUGAGGACACUGUGGCCUUCCCCUCCCUCAGCUCGGCCAACAGCACAGGCAGUCUGACCACCAACCUCACCCACCUGGGCAUCAGCGCUGCCAGCCAUGGGAUCCCCACCUCCUCUCAGCCCACCAUGACUGUAACGGCACAGCGCCGCCAGCCCCCUGUGUUGCCGCUCACCCUCACCUCUGACCUCCAUCUUCAACACUCCCCACAGCAGCUCUCAUCCACCCUGCCCUCGCCCGUUAGCAUCACACAGGCUUUGCCAACAGAGUCUUUGACCCUGGAACAGCAGCUCUCCCAGUACCCUCUGUUUAACCAGCUGACGGCUCAGGCCCAGGCUCAGCUGAUCAGUGACUUGCAGAAGCAGCAGCAGGCCUUGCCUCAGGGCAUCCAGCUCAUCGCCUUGCCAACUUCAGUCUCCACUGGUUCAGCCUCUGCCAGCAGUCCCUCCCCAGACAGCCAGACCACCGCCAGCAUGAGCAUGAGCAUCAGCUCGUACCGCAAUCAGACUGGCUCGCCAGCCACUCAGUCUCCAACCUCCCCAGUCUCCAAUCAAGGCUUCUCCCCCGGCGGCUCGCCUCAACAUAUUCCCGUGGUGGGCAGUAUAUUCGGCGACUCCUUCUACGAUCAGCAGUUAACAUCAAGGCAGACCAACGCUCUUUCUCACCAGCUGGAGCAGUUCAACAUGAUCGAGAACCCCAUCAGCUCCACCAGCCUUUACAAUCAGUGCUCCACCCUCAACUACACGCAGGCAGCCAUGAUGGGUCUUACCGGGAGCAGCUUACAAGAUUCACAGCAGCUCAGUUACAGUAGCCAUGGCAACAUCCCGAACAUCAUCCUAACAGUCACAGGUGAGUCUCCACCGAGCCUCUCCAAAGAACUGACCAACUCGCUGGCAGGCGUCGGCGAUGUCAGUUUCGACACAGACUCUCAGUUCCCACUGGACGAGCUGAAGAUUGACCCCCUCACCCUGGACGGACUGCACAUGCUCAACGACCCCGACAUGGUGCUCGCCGACCCUGCCACCGAGGACACUUUCAGGAUGGACAGGCUGUAAUGUGAGAUGCUGACUGUGGCAGAGAACAAGAAGAAAAAUAACCACACUAACUUGUUAAUGGAGAGAAACAAAGGGCAGGAUGAACCCUCACCCUCGUUGCAUGGCCGUCCAGCUGUCUGACCUCGCCCUCGACUCUGUGAAGCCCUUUGAAAUGAUGCGCCACCAAAAGACAACAGGGAAAAGACAUCCAGUGGCUUGCCGGGGAAUGGCCUCGCUGUCGCUUUGAAUGAGAUUGGUCGCUCAGCGCUUUUGCUAGCCUGCUAUGUUUACAGUGUACCAUUACAUGCCACAUAUAUUCCAAAAAAAACCGCACAUUUGACUUUUUUUCUUUUCAUAUCCACUUUAAUAUUUGUUUUUGUUUAUAUUUGCUUGUAGCAGGAAGCUGCUAGGACAUUGGGCUAAACCGUACCCAUAAAAACGGCUGUGGUUGAAAAAACAAAACAAACACGAAAAAAAACUACCACAGCCGGUUUGCUUGCUCCCUGAAAUCAGAUGAAUCGGUUUUCCCAUCAUGCCGUAACGGCUUUCUAUUUCACACUCAAAGCUUUUUGACAACCAAAUGUUAUUUUCAUCAUGUACUGUAUGUUUUUAUGCUUUAUGUAUUUAUGUUCUAUUUAUUUAUUUGGUUAAAGAUUUUAUAUUCCAUUUCGUAAUUUCAAUUUGAUGCCAAAAUGCUCUCUGUAGGCAUAGUGUAAAAUUGCACUGAUGUAAUUUGUCUAUUUAUUAAUUAUUAACAUAUUUAUAUAUGUGUUUAUUAAGCUACUUGGUUAAUGAAGGAGUGCAAAACCUCCCCAUAGUUGCUCUUUGGUGUUCGAUGUGCCAUUCUCUGAUACAGGACGUGGUAGGUGUUGCCAUGCUGCA